ACUUAUACAACAUUAGCAAAAACGUGUGUAUGUGUGUGAUGGCUGGGUUGGUGAAUGUAAGUAAGGAUCUACUUCGCGCUCCCAUCAGCAGGUUGAAGCGGAUGCUGAAGCAGUUAGAUGAGGACGACGUGGAUUUUAAAGAACUGAAGAAGAAUGUGGAGUUUACAGCAUCGUUACUGGAGACGCUUUACACUGACAGAACAAAUUCGAGCCUCGACACAGAUGAUGAACUCCAGUCGUGUGAUGUCGUUCCCAUGGAGGUUCGUGAUUGGCUGGCAUCCACAUUCACCCAGAGAGUUCAACCAAUCAGCCGACGGCCGGAGGAGAAGCCGAAGUUCCGCAGUAUCGUGCACGCGGUGCAGGCCGGGAUCUUCGUCGAGAGGAUGUUUCGUAGAGUUUACUCAGCAGCCAUGCCGGAUCAGACUGCAGAAGUUCUGAACUGUUUACGGGAUAUGGACCGCUGGAGUUUUGAUGUGUUUGCGCUGGACUCUGGAACUUCAGGUCACGCAUUAAAAACUCUUUUCAUUGAGCUGAUCGUCAAGCACCAACUAAACAGCAGAUUUAAGGUCCAGGAUCAUUUUUACUUUAAAUCAUUUUAGUUUUGAUUAACGUCAUUUUGUGUCCAAAUAAUUCUGGUACAACAUUUUUAUCUGGAACUGAAACUUAAUAAAAAUCCAUGUGGACACCCUGCUGCUAACAAACAGAGUGGAGACUGGAGACGUCAUGUCAGUGUCCACAUACGUUCAGCCAAAUCAAUUAUUUAUUUAAAGCAAACAUACAAAAACCUUCAUGUAAACAAUAAACGUCAAAUCAGAACCCAUUCAGUUACUGUGUUCCAUUUUAUUUCU